AUGGAUCUUGCACCCGAUACAAAGGGCUUGAUCCAGCCGAUGGGACAGACUCCUACUUCGAUCAGCAAUUUGCAACAAGACGUAUUCAAUCCGACUUUCAAGAUAGAAGGCCUUGGUAAUCUACCAGGAAUGAAUCAAGUUGGCCUAGAGAACCAUUUGCAACUGCAUGGGAUGAACCCGACUACGUCUCCAACGAGCAUUUUGCAGGCGCCUGGACCGGGUCAGGCUUUUGCUCUACCUGGCUAUCAGAACCAGAAUCCAUUCAACGACAACUCAAUGAGCUUUUUGCAAUCUUUUGGACCAAUUCAUACUUCGAGCCCGGCCAAUCUUUUGCAGCCGUUUGAGACGAACCAGACUCUCAACAACACAAACUUCUUGCAGUCGUCUGGGAUGAACCAGAUCCCCGACCAGACCAACUUUUUGCAGUCGCCAGAAAUGAAUCAGAUCUUCAACCAGGCGGACCCGAUGCCGCUGUAUGGUAUGAAUUGGGGUAUCAACGCGAUGGGAUACCAGCAGCAAUUCGGAAUGAACCCAAAUCUUGGUUCAAUGGGACAUCAGCAGCUUCAGAUGAGUCUGAACCAAGUCCCUACUGGAGUUUCGGCUGGACUUUUCGAUAGUUCGACCGCGUUUGCAAGUGCGCCGUCUUGUAUCAACUAUCUUCCCACGCCGCCACCUACCAGUCCUGAGUCCUCGACGCCGUUCAGCAUCAAUCAGCACAUGAGCCCCAACGUCGAUGGGACCAUGAACCAGUGGGUGAAUACGAGUGUGGCCCUUCCUCAGGAAUUCGCUCUUCCUGUUGGCAACAGCCUUCACAAUUUAGCCAUCGGUAGUGGCAUCGGCAUGAACAUAGGCAUGAUUCCUUGUCAAGAGAUGCAUCUCCCUGCUCAAAACUGGCUUCCAGACUUCACAAACAUGGGCAUGAACGCGAAUCUUCAGCAUCCUCCUGUUUCCUCUGGCGUUCAAAACAUGUCUACUGGAAGUGGCAUGAACAUGAAUGUGAACUUCCUUCAGCAAACACGCUGCGCUGCUACCAAGGGCCUUCAGAAACCAUCUGUUGGAAAUGGCAUCCCACGACAGUCACAGGCGCAACUUCCUAGAACUAUUGCUAUCAAACAAGCUUCACGCGAGGUCAAAAAAGCAAAGAACCAAGCUUUGGGUCCUCAGCAUCCGGGUCCAACUCGGAUCAAGAAGACGCUGAAUGGCAAUACUGCAUCUAGCUUGGAUAACCGUCUCACCAGAUAUGAUCUUAUUCGCAGAGUUACGCCCAACAUGACAAACUUGGCUCCUACUAUCUCGCCCAAGCUUAGGGCUGCUAUGGAUGCUGCUAUCGCCAACGGCGCCAAAGCUGUUGCUCAGACUGCCAUUCUGGGGUCGUCGACCGUCUCUCAGAACAGUUCUCAGAGUACUCAAGCGCCAGCUGAGCAGAAAGUCAAAGUGAAAAUCGAGCCUCAUCAACAUGCAGCUUUUCGGGUAGCCCAACGUCCAACUCAACAAGUACCUCAGCCCCUGGCCCAGAUGCCCCUUCAGCAAUCAGCUCAACAAGCGAUCCAGAAUGCUGUUAGAAGAACAGUUCAACAGGCAACUCAGAUGCCAAAUCAACGGCCAGCGCAGAAGUUGCUUUCAAAGCCGAUGAUCUCGCCACCAGUUGAACAGCAAGCCCAACGGGAGCAGAGGCCAAUUCAACAACCAGUUCAGCAGCCAGUCAGAGAGUCAAUUGAACAGCAGCCGACGCAACAGACCGGAUUCUACGGAACCCCCCCUGCUAUCCCCUUGGAUGAUCUGCUUACCCUUCUCUCGGACAAACACUGGGAAUUCUGGCACCGAUUAGACGCGAUUCAGAUGCGCCAGCUCAUGGCGCUCACUCUCACCGAGGCCGACAUACAUCAAGCUUGGCGACAACGUUUGUGUGUUCGCGUGAAAUCCAAUGACUUCGUCCGCGUCUACGAGCUUGGUGGCUUCCUGUAUGAAGUGCACGGGAACCCUUCCGGUGGCUUCAAAGGAGCAAUAGCUAUUGAUAUGAGACAGUAUGCCGGAUUGCUGGCCCGUUUCCGCCCCAAGUGCUGCAAUUCUCUCGAUUAUGCCCAGGCUCUGGCUGCGGCCAAGGCUCGGGCUGAGGGCAAGGAUCAGCCUGAGUUUGAUGAUUUGGACCAGGCUCAGGCAAUGUCUGAUGGUGUGGUUCGAUGUCUUGGUUUGCCCAGUUGGUGGGAGAUUGCGCGUCUGCAGAAACAACGGGAAGAGAGGAUCAAGGAUCUCAUUUUUAAGGGUGAGGUGGAGGGCAAGAAGACGAAGAAGUAG